UUGGCAGGUAUAGUAAACCACGUGAUAUAGCUGAGUUGCACAGGUCAUUAAAUUGUUGAGUUGAAAACCAUCCGAUCUGUAUGAUGAUGUCAUGUGUUGGUUUUGAAGUAUACAAAUUUUCGGAGCCCCCUCCUAGCGCAACAAUUUUUUCAGAGCCCCCCCUUCGGGUGUCUAAAAAUUUUUGGAGCCCCCCAUCAAUAUCUUCAUUCCCCCCCCCCGCCAGUUAAAAAAAAAACAGAUUUUAACAGGCUUGUCCCAGGGAUUCGAUGCCUGACCUCUGACCAGUGCAGCACUCAAAAUAUUGAGCUAGCAAGCCAACAGGGAGCUGGUCAUUAAAUUCAAGUAAAUAAAAUACCCAGAAAGGAUAAAACUGAAAUGAUGAACAUGUAAAACACAAAAUAUGCAUCAAUCAUCUAGUUUUAGAAUUGGUUGAUGGAAAAUUGUGCAGAAAGGAAAUUCACGUAGUUCUGUUUUCCUAAUUUGCUUCCCAUGAAGCAAGGUUUGAGCCAGAAGGGUGUCUUGCCAUCUUAUGGACGCCCAUUUUUGGAAAAAACAUGGAAAAUUCACUUAAUCUCUUAUAAUUCUAUAAAUGCGGAAACAUGCCUUCUAGACGGCCAGUUUUAAACAUCUGGCUAAAAGCCUGCUUUGUUCAAAGAAUCUGGGGAAAGUCUCCCACAGCCAGCACUAGCCCUUAAAACAAUAAAAAAGUUAGUAACUAAGCUGUCUUUAAUUGUUAUCCUUUGCAUUGUUUACCAGUAAGCUGUCGUUAAUUAUUUUUUCCUUUUGUUUGUUUCAGUCCUGCAUCAGGGAUCUCACUACAGGUUUUGUGUUGGGUAUCCUUUUAUUAUUAAAUAUCUACAAAGCAAUUUUUUUAUGUAUUUGAUUGAUUAUUUGUUAAAAAUCAAUAUCAUUUUUUAAAUAUUUUAACGCAACUUUAAUAUUAAUAUAUAAUUAUCAUUUCCUCACUUUUCAAAUCUUAGGCAGGUUUUUAGACAUUAACUUAAUUGUUAUACCUGAUAAAAAUUGACUUGUUUGUCUUGAGCUGUUUCUGAAACUGACCACGUUUACUUAAUAGUAGGCUAUUUUUUGGUGCCUAAACAUAUGAAAUUUUCCACCCUCUUCUCCUUCUCUUUGAAAACAGCUAAACUAUUAUAAGCCAAUCAGAAAUGGAGAAAUAUUUUAAAGUCAUGAUCACAAAACCAUUUGCUGAAAUCACCCAAAUACAUUGAUCUGCAGCCUGUUUUGCCAACAAAGUUUAUCCUCAUGCCACUACACUAGCUGCAACCAUAAGGCUAGAAACCCUUCCACCACAGCAAUCCAGUCAGCUCUUAGACUAGCUUCUCUUCUGAUCAGCAGUGGUGACCUCAAACAACAUGCUUUGCACAGCCAUUGUACAAUGGGCAUGGUGAACAAGGAAGAAAAUUUUUUUACUAUUUAAUAAUAACUUUUGAAUCUUUUAUAAAAAGGGCCAAUGAAUCAUUGAAAUUCACACUACAUGUAUUUUUUGAGCAGUACCACGUUAAGGUAUCAUCCCAACUUCAGUACCAUCUUCGAGUGGAUUGCACUAGCGCUUGUAGCUUUAAUAAUUACCCCUACAAACCGUACAUUUCCUGAAAUUAAAGCUUAAUAGUUGCAGAUUACGGCCAAUUUCUUUAAAAAAUCCAAAAUGCUAUUUUUCUCUAUUUCUAUUCUUUCUAUUUCUAUUUCUAUUUCUAUUUGGUAUUUUUCUCUAUUUCUCUAUUUUUCUCACUUCCUCCCAAACCGCCCCCCGCCCCCUAAGUACUUUUGACACUCAUGCAAGAUGGCAGCCCAUAAUGCAAAGCACUCGAUCUCGACGAUCUUACGGAAAAAUGGAGGACUGUGAAAAAGUUCUUAAUUCUGUACGCAAAACAAAAGAAGUCAGGGUCAGAAAGUAGAGUCUCCUGUCUUUAACAGGGUAGCAAAUAUGAGCAAAUUUUGUCUUACGACAGGGUCAGGGUUUGAUAGCCUGCGAGCAAGCUCUCCGGGGUGCCCUGGCGGCAGGGCAGGAAAAGGAAAAAGAGCUUGCAACUACGUCUUUGGAAUUUGAAUAUCUGCAUUGAAAAAGUCAAUGCAAAAUGCUGAUUGGCGGAGAUGACAUUAGUAAUGACGUCAUUACCCUUAGCACAUGUUGCAUCAAUAUUUGUUUACAUUCGCGCUCGUUUCCACUUCGGGCCAAUUGGCAGAAAUCUGACAGCUCAGUCGACGGGGAGCCUCAGGGGAAUUGGAAACAGAAUUCAAAUUCCAGAGACAUAGUUGCAAGCAAGCUCUCCUUCCUUUUUCCUGCCCCACUGCCAUAGCGCCCCAGAGAGCUUGCUUGCAGGCUAGGGUUUGAAGGCCUCUGCAGCACACCUCUACCCAGACUUCCUUUGAGUGCUCCUCUUGAGGAGAGCCCAACCAGUUAUCAGCUGUGGAUCACCAUGGAUCACAAAUACAAUCAAUGAAAUCUUAUCACGAGGAGACAAUUUGUUUGAAAGUGCCGUAGACAAUCAACUCAGCAGAAUAGUUUUUGGCAGAUAACCUUCCUAUUGCAGUUCAGUACUUUUUCUAACCAGGUACAUGAAGCAACAGAGGGGCUGAAUUUGCCAAGUUCUUUAAUAGGCCUUAUUAUUCCGUGCAGCCAAAGUGUUUCCGUUCACGUGGUCCAAGCGAAAAUGUGAGGGUGUUUCCCGCUCGUUUCUCUCAGAUACGUCACUGAAGUGAAUUAACCGAGAAGGACUGGGAAAACGCCGUACAGAGACUAGGCAACAGUUGAGUUACAAUAAUUGAGGUGAAAACAAAUGAAUUGCUUACCGAGGUGGGCAACCUGAAUUAAGGUUUGCCUGUUCAUUUAAAAUAGGUAUAAUUUGUGUCUCAUGAAGUAAAAGAGUGAAACAGAAACGAAUAUGUACAAUUCAGUGACAAUUCACAAAAUUGAAGACACUUUAAACCUUUUUUAACCAUGCCAAGUCUCCCGGAUGCGGCAUCAAUUUCCCGCUCUCCCAUAUGGGUCUCCAUAUCUCCGAGAUAAAAUCAUCUUUUGAGCUUUUCUGUACGUUAGUUUGAAAUUUGGACCAUUGUUAGCUCAAAACUUGAAUUUUUCUUAUUUGCAGUACAGGUUCUGGGGCAUUUUGCACCUAUUUAGUCACUGACAAAGAUUAUUUCUGGCAUCAAAACAAUGAUCGUGAAUUUUGAUAGUAUGUAACUCAUGUAAGACUUAUAUAAUGUCCUAAAUCAUUCCCAUUGGGGACUGGGUCAAUUGUCGGUGGGAGGAGGGAUUUGUAGCGAAAAAAAAGGGAGUCUCCAGAUUUUAGAUCUCUAGAGGUUGGCAUCUCUGCUUUUUUAAUAUCUCUCCACUGUAAAUAAGACUUUAUUGUGUAUUUAAGCAAUAGAACACACUUUCUAUGGGUUUACCAGCGUGAUAACCCACGCGGGAUGUUGGGAGAACAAGAGAAAAGUUCGGCUCGUGAUUUACAAGCUUUUCAAGUAUUCUCCCAACAUCCCAAGUGGGUUGUUAUGCUGGUAAAUGCAUAGAAAGUGUGGUCUAUUGCUUUAUAAAAUAACUUACUGGCACAAUAAACCAUAGGGUUUUUAUUAAACCAAUCAGAAUGCAUGCAUACUAUCUUAGUUAUUUUUUAAUUGUCAACAACAAUCCAACCUGAUUUUAUAUACAACCUCUCAUUUACAGUGUUUAUUUUAAAAACAUACGGAUAAUAUGUUACUGGGAUAUAUCAAUGCUUGUGUUGAUUAUUAAUAUUAUAACUAAAAAUAUUUGGGCAUUCAUUGCUUGGCAUAAUGUUUUGUGUUUGUUUUUAUUUGGAAGAUAAUUCUAAGAGUAAGUAGGUUACGAAUUAUAGUUGUCACACAUCAAGUGCAUAUUGUAUUUUAUACAUCAUCAAUUUACUCUCGCCUUUUUUAUCUUACAACCUCUCCACAACAGCCAGUUGUUUUGGGGGACAGUCCAUAUAUUGACUUUUGUUUAAAUCGUAUUUAUAUUGUUAUUAUUCAGGGUUAGUAAUUAAAGCUACUGUUCAUCAAGACGAUCGAGUUUGUUUUCACAACAAUUUCCUUGACAUUUCACCUAUUUCACUAGAAUGGCUAUUUUGAGUUUAAUUUUAAAGGUAUUUUUUUAAAUUGAUAUAUGAAAGUAAAUAAUGUACGGUGAUAGUUAUAUUAUUUAUACUUAUAGUCUGACUCUAAUACAGUGAAAGCCCCUACUCUUAAAUGGACAGCUCUACUCAUAGCAGCCUUGGCAUUAAUUCCCAAUGGAAUUUUUCAGUUACAAAAAUUACCAUCCUUCUAAGCGACCAGCUUCACUGAGUGCAGAACUUUGAUUUUAUUGUGAAUUUCGUUAUAAACAAAGUAGUUAAAUUCAUAAUUAAUGUUUCAAAUAUUUAUAGUUCUGAUGUAUUUCAAUCCAUUUAUUUUUUGGAUCAUUUAAAUGAAUGUUUCUUUUUCUUUCUGUAGCCACUAUCUUGUCUGCUUAUAUUUCAAAAUCAUCGCAGCAGAGGAGGAGAACAAGGCUACAGCUGGUCAGGUAAGUGUAUGCCCUGUCAGAUCUAGCAAACGUCCUACCUACCCCUCCCUUAUCCAAAUUUAACCCUUACCUUUUCCCUUUGGUCAAAACUUUGGGUUAUAGGGGAGGGGUAGGUGGGCAGUUUCAUAGAAUCUGCUAGAACAGUCUCGUGGCCGGACUAAAGACUAUUAGAUAUUGUGGUGACUUGACCAAGUGGUUAGAGCAUUGGACUUAAAAGCCAGAGGCCCUGGUUUCAAGUUUUGCCCUGACUGUUUGCUAAAUUUUUUCAACUGUAAUCUCAGCCAUGCUUGUGAAUAGCCAACGGGUUUGCCUGCAGCCAGUUGGGAUUCUAACCUCGCUAUGUCUAUUUGAAUUUUUGUUUCAAUCAGUUGUUUGCUUGGCCCAUGCACUAGCUUUUGAGCAAUAAAUAAUGCCAAGCCUAGGUAAAUAAAGGAAUUAUUAUUGUUGUGUCUCUCACAAAAUGAUCAUUGGUUUGACCUUGCUAAGAAGAAAUUGAAGAAUUCUGUGGGCAAGACAAGUAAUAAAGGGGAGAGCUGUAUGUUGGCUAGCAAAAAGUUCACCUCACUCUCAGUUUGUAGAAAACUACUUGAAGGCGAGCCUUUCCAUUGUGCAACAUUUUGGGGGUAUAGUAGUAUUUUUUUUUGGCCUUGUUUAAUACUAUUUUCCUCAGUAAUAAUUUAUUCACAGUUGAAUUCACAGCAGUGUCCUUUUGGCCAGAAGUAAACUUACGGCAAGUUUUAGCCUGCUGAGGGCAGGUUUAAGGGGAAAAAAUAAUGAGACACAAAGGAAAAACAUAUUAACAAUUUACGAACAUAUAAAAUAAUGUAAAAAGUGAUACAUAAAUUGGUAAAAACGAACAAUAAAAUUCAACGUUUUGGAGUAGUCAUGACUCCAUUAUGAAGGAAAAGUGUUUUUGAUCAUGCAAAUUACAACAUUUAAUUCAAAAAGUGAUGUGGUGCAAAAAUUAACAUAACAGAGUGCAAAGAUUAUGAAAAUACAUUUUUCACACGAAUAUACUUCAAAUACAAAUACUUCAAAAAUACAAAUAAAAAAGUUUACUUCAUAUGCAGGGUGACAACUAGUAUGCAUUUAAAGAUCCAGCUUUUUGGUUCCUGUUUUUAUGUUCAAACCUUUAUAAAUAGAAGUGCAACGUAUAAAGCAGGAUUUAAUUUUCAAAGUUUCAAUUGCAGGAACUCCUUACGUGACGAUAGAAGGUCACACGAGCUCUCAACCACAACAAGGCUACACUCCAGUUCCAGCCCCAGGCCAACCUUCCUCCUCAUAAGAAUCAGUGAGACUGUCUGCCUGCUGCCUUUAAGAGCUUUUUAUAAUUAAUAACUGGUUCUGAUGUAUUCUACCAAGUAGUGCGUCAGUUCUUUUUAAUAGAAAAACCAAGUGAGGAAAUAAUGAAUGAUGCUAUUGUCAAUUUAGUUUAGUAUACAUUUUAUUAACUUUACUUGAACCAAACAUUGUACCUUUAGUUAACAUUCAAGGCUGUGGUCUAUGAAAAAUUGAAGGGGGCCAUUGCUCUAAACCUGUAAAUCUAGGGUGCCUAGGAUAUGAUUUGAGUGCUAAGAUCUCCUAGUUGCCCAAGAGCAAAAGUUGAGUACCAGGGGCCACGAGGCUCUGCUAGAGUACAUCCUUGAUAGUUGUUAGUUUUUUUCUCUCUGCUAGAAAAUAAUCAUUAGGUCUUGCAGAUAGACUUAAUGGGAACCUUAAGCAUCCACAACGAAAUGAAUGAUGACAAUGCUUCGCAAGUUACCGAGGCAUACUGGGCUUUCAUUUCCGGAGGGGAAAAUGAAUUUUAAGCAGUGCAGCUUCCCAGAAAGACAACAACUUUUUCUUUGCGAGGAACUACUUUGUCUUGUUACAGUCUUGUUAUGGCAUUCAAAGACCUCCAUAAUUUGCAUCUGAUAAGCUAAGACAAUGGUUUAAUCGACGCUGGUGAAUUUAUUGUUCUUUACGACCUUUAUUUUUUGAUUCUGGAGGCAUUCUUUUUGUCGCGUAGCUUUUGCCUUUGUUUUGAAGUUAAAAGUCAAUACCGAUUUCAACAGCUCGUGCAGUUACUGUAAAUUUUGGCUGCCCAGGUCAGGAAGAGAAUUCAGUGCUUCUUCAAUGUUCUCCCAUAUUUGGGAAAAUUUCACUUCUGGUCUGCAGCGUUGUCGCAUUUCUUCUUUGAUGCUUAAGGUCUGUAAUAGUAAAAUUAGUGAGAGUUACAUAGCAAUCCAAUAUAUAAUGUAAUCUACUUGUAGGUAUUGAAGAAAAAUAAUGUUUCUAACACGAGUCAUGUUUUAGUAUUAAUAUUUAAGUAGCAAUUGUAUUGGUUGUUUACAAUUUACAAAAAGUUUCAGGAAAAUCCAGUUAGAAAGUAUAUAACAACAGAGCAUCCAGGUCAGUAUUUCCUUACCGGUCUUGAAUUUUGCAUACUAUUUGACCAAACCAUGAACCAAUCGGUUUGUCCGUGUAAAUGGUAAACAAUCAUAAAUUAUUAUUGUUUUCAAACAAAUCAUGAAUUCAAUAAACAUUUCCAGAAGUUGCAUAAAAUUAAAGUGGCUGUGUCACGGUAGUCCAGUUCAUUUUGUUUAAUUAUUUUUGCCAAUUACUCACCCUCAAUCGCUAUGGAACUUAAAGUAAGCAAAGAAAUUACAGGUAAAUGACAAAAUCAGAGAUCCGAGACAAACCAAUAUGUCUCUUGGGCAUUAUUUUUGAAGUUGCAAGCAGCAGGGAUCAACGUUGAAAAACUGUUAGGCUUAACAGUUUUCAAAAACCCUAAUUUCAAUCUGUUUCAGUCUUCUUCAGUUUUACCCAUCCGUGGCAUCUGUUGUUUCUGUUAUGUGAUUUUAACCUUCUUUUAAAGUUUUAAGCGGUUAUUUUUAUGUUUCUCUUAAUUUAACGGGCAUUUUGUAAUUUAUUAAUUGGGCUAAAUUUUGUGACACCGCUCCUUUAACUUUUAUCACGAUAGUAAUGAUAUUGCCAUGAUGUUGUGACAGACAUACAAAAGGUGUAAUGUCAAACCUGACUAUAUUUCCAUGCAGACAUUCAGAAAGAUUAAGCACACAUGAGUGCCAGCUGCUUUGGCCUUAGCUUGAUGAAGGUUGUACACCUCAAAUAACCUGAUGCUCUGAUUUGUAGAGGCUUUGUCUAGCGACGUAAACUAAAGUUGUUCAGUGACAAUUUUUAUGAACAUGCCUGUGCAUUAUAAUAUAUGCAUGCAGUUGGCAUGUUCUCUUGCUUGAAAUGUAAUUUUUGUUUAGGGCUUUGCCAAACUGGCUUUUUAUUGUGAAGUGUCUAAUUUUUUUGUAGUUUAUAUAUUAUUCCUGUUUCAGAAAG